AUGUCCCCGUCCUCGACGGGCGACUCUCCCCACUCAGCCAGCGGCACAGCGGGGAGGCCCUUCUCCGUCCCCUCGCGCGACAACUUCAACAUCGAGGUUCCCUCGCCCUCAAUGACAUCCAUCGUAAACGGCAUACAUCCACUCAAGUCGCCCGCCUCCCUUAAGACUCAGAGAACACCCAGUUUCAGCAGAGAUGGUCUCAUUGGCUCCGCCCACAAAGCCCGGAACAUGUCUCAGUCUUCCGACCACCGCCCCGAUGCUUUGACCAACGGUGUACACAAGCCGUCUAGUGAUGAGGGCUCCAACCCGCUCAAAAGGAGAAACACAGACGCUGGCGUCGACUACCCGAGGAGGAGAGCCACCAUCGCGUGCGAAGUGUGUCGCUCUCGCAAGUCUCGCUGCGAUGGAACCAAGCCCAAGUGUAAGCUCUGCACCGAGCUCGGAGCCGAGUGCAUCUACAGAGAGCCGGGCAUCAAGCUGGACGCCGGCGACAAGUUGAUUCUGGAGCGCUUGAAUCGUAUCGAGAGCUUGCUGCAGAUGAACAUGGUCGCAGGCCAGGCCAACGGUGGCAUCGCCAUCAACCAGGAGUCUCCCUCAAUGAGCAACGGCUCAGGACUCAAUGGAGACAGUAUGAUGGGAAUCUCAGGCACCGGCAACUUCGUCUCAAUUAUUCCUAACGGUGGUUUAGGCACCUGGAACAACCCGACCAACAUCUCAACCAUGCCCAAGCUACACACCAACGCCGCCCUGCACCUGCUUCAGUGGCCUCUCAUCCGCGACCUCGUAUCUCGACCCUACGACCCGCAGAUCCUCCUGCAGCUGGAAAUGGCCCGCGAACCGCUGCACUCACUCACAAAAACCCCAUGCGUCGACCUCUCCAACACCACCGCCUACAUCGAGGCUUAUUUUGAACGAGUCAAUGUGUGGUAUGCCUGCGUGAACCCCUACACCUGGAGGAGUCACUACCGCACAGCCCUCUCCAACGGCUUCCGAGAGGGCGCAGAGAGCUGCAUCGUCCUGCUUGUCCUGGCAUUGGGUCAAGCAAGUUUGAGAGGCAGCAUCUCCAGAAUCGUUCCUGGAGAGGAUGCGCCCGGCCUACAGUACUUCACCGCAGCCUGGGCCCUUCUUCCCGGCAUGAUGACAUCGAACAACGUCCUGGCUGCCCAGUGCCACCUUCUCGCUUCGGCCUAUCUGUUCUACCUCGUGCGACCGCUCGAGGCCUGGAACCUACUCUGCACCACAAGUACCAAGUUGCAACUUCUGCUCAUGUCCCCCAACAGGGUGCCGCCUAAUCAGAGGGAGCUCACUGAGCGCAUCUACUGGAACUCGCUCCUGUUCGAGAGCGACUUACUCGCUGAGUUGGAUUUGCCACACUCGGGCGUCGUUCAGUUUGAGGAGAACGUUGGCCUCCCUGGUGGCUUCGAGGGCGAGGAGCAAGAAGCGAUUGGCCGAGACGACUUGUGGUACUUCUUGGCUGAGAUCGCGCUCCGGCGGCUCCUCAACAGGGUCAGUCAACUCAUCUACUCCAAAGACUCGAUGGCGUCGACCACCAGUCUGGAGCCGGUCGUGGCGGAACUCGAUUUUCAGUUGCAACAAUGGUACGAGAGCCUGCCGAUCCCGUUGCAGUUCCCAUUUGGCCGCACCGUGCUCUCAGAUCCGGUGCAGACGGUCCUGCGCUUGCGAUUCUACGCCUGUCGGACAAUCAUCUACCGCCCGUACAUCUUGGCCGUACUGGACAAUGAGCAGGCUGUGUUGGAUCCCGCUGUCCGACAGAAUUGCCACAAGUGCCUGGAAGCCUCCAUUCGGCAACUGGAGCACAUCAAUGCGCAUCAUGCCGGACAUAUGCCAUACUUGUGGCAAGGUGCCCUCUCGAUUGUGUCGCAGACGCUUCUUGUUAUGGGUGCCACCAUGUCACCCUCUCUGAGCAGCAUUCUGCUGACCCUCGUUCCUCACCGGGAAACCAUCGACCAGAUCAUUAAUGACGUGGUGAUGGAGAUUGAGCGAUAUUCGACGCUGGCGCCUAGUCUCAGCCUGGCAGCGGAAAUCAUCAAGGAGGCCGAAGUCAGACGGAGAGCAUAUUUGAGCGGUUGA